AUGGCGGACAUCGACAUCGGAACCGCCGCAGGAAGCGACGGAAGACGAGAGCCUUUGAUUAACCGUGAAAACAAGUUCACGCGUUGCGUUUCACACGCGCAGGACGAGCUCCAUAGUUUCCGGAAAUACCUCCGAUGGAUGUGCGUGGAUCAGUCGAGCCCUUGGACAGCGGUUCUGUCUUGGUCGAUGUUCGUCGUUUUCACGCUGGUCGUUCCGGCGACGUCUCACUUCAUGCUCGCUUGUGCUGACUGCGAUAGCCAUCACUCGAGACCGUACGAUUCGGUGGUCCAGCUGUCUCUUAGCAGUUUCGCUGCUCUCUCUUUCCUCUGUUUAUCCAGAUUCGUUAGCAAAUAUGGUCUCCGACGAUUCCUCUUCUUCGAUAAGCUUUGGGACGAAAGCGAAACUGUUCGCCGUGGAUACACCAAUCAGCUCAACAGAUCGCUCAAGAUUCUUUCCUACUUCGUUACCCCUUGUUUCUUAGCAAUGAGCUCAUACAAGAUAUGGUGGUAUGCUUCAGGUGCUUCUCAGAUUCCUUUCCUCGGUAAUGUUAUCUUGAGUGAUACAGUCGCUUGUUUGAUGGAACUUUGCUCGUGGCUAUACCGAACUACCGUGAUCUUCUUGGUUUGUGUCCUCUUCCGUUUAAUCUGCCAUCUUCAGAUCCUUAGGCUCCAAGACUUUGCUCAAGUCUUUCAAAUGGAUUCAGAUGUUGGUUCCAUUUUGUCUGAGCAUCUCCGAAUCAGACGUCACUUGAGAAUCAUCAGCCACCGAUAUCGAACAUUCAUAUUGUUGUCCUUGAUUCUUGUCACUGGCAGUCAGUUUUACUCUCUGCUUAUUACCACUAAGGCCUAUGCCGAAUUGAAUAUCUAUCGAGCUGGAGAACUCGCGCUAUGUUCGAUGACGUUGGUUACUGCGUUGCUCAUUCUACUACGAAGUGCUUCAAAGAUUACGCACAAAGCUCAGGCGGUGACUUGCCUUGCAGCCAAAUGGCAUGUCUGCGCGACAAUAGAAUCAUUUGAGACAGUUGAUGGAGAGACUCCAAGGUUAGUUGAUAGAGCAAGCGGACACGGAUUCUAUUCAACAGAUGUUGAUACUGGAGGAUCAGACGAUAGUGAGGAUUAUGGAGACGAAGAAGAUGAUUUCGAUAACAACAAUCUCAUCCCUGCUUAUGCUUAUAGCACCAUAUCAUUCCAAAAACGACAAGCUCUAGUGAAUUACUUUGAGAACAACAGAGCAGGAAUCACCGUGUUUGGGUUUACACUCGAUAGAAGUACUCUGCAUACGAUCUUCGGGAUCGAAAUGUCACUUGUUCUCUGGCUUUUGGGAAAGACCAUUGGAAUUUCUUGA